AACAUAUGAGAAGCGCGGUCGCGCGUGCUCGUCGUAACGCCUGUCGACUCGCACGACGCACUGCCAGUGUCCGUCCCGUUCGAGGAGGGUCUAUGGUUCAAUUCUGAAAGCGACGCUGGGAACGCAACAGAAGAGACUCUCACUCGACGAUCUCGGUCUCCACAGUGGCACGAUCUCAUAGGGAGCGGGCGGGAAGGCCGCCCAGGGCACUCUGCACACCGACUGGGACGAAGACUUCUCACUGCGCACACCGAAGCUCUCGGGGCAAUGCCGGACCAUGCGCAGAGGGCGGGAAGGGGACGAGGAGCACAGGGGCCGAGCAACAAUGAUGGGGGACGGAACGGCACGGGUGGUUCGCGGAUAGCAGGCCAGCAUGUUUCCUACGGCUCGUCCAACUCACAUGCCGGUCCCCCGAUAAAUGGAAUUUCCCAACGAUUCAGUGCACUGUACGAAGACGCCCUUCAAACGCUGCUUACUGCAACGGCCGAGGGUGGAGUGACGUCGAUGGCCGGUGCCCUGCCUCCGCCUCCACACGUCGCGAGUAUCCAGACCGUAAGUGGCCGACUCAUAACAAAGGCAUUUGUGGUGUCAGUCGAGGAAAUUAAGAAACCAAAAGCAGAAGCACAGGUCUACAACCAACCUCAGGCACAGGCACGUGAUGCUGGGCCUAGCGAUUCUCCAAUGCCUGAACGCCCGAGAUCUCCGUCUUCGUACGAUUCGAGGAAAGAUUCCUCUCGUCCUGCGUCGACGAGUUACGGGGACAGACGAGAACGCGAUGUCAGGGUCCACGAAAGAGCACAUCCAGGCGCCUGCCAAUCAUCGACUAUAGGGAUUCACGAAAGGGCAAACCCGGUUGACUCCGGUCAGCUACGGCCCUCGCAACCUGCAUCACAACCUAGCAGUAGAGAAGGUAGAACUCACGACAUCUGGACUGCCCACAGAGAGAGAAGGCCAUCCGAUUCAACAACUUGGCGAGAUGAAAGCCGAACUUUCAGCGCUUCGAAUGCUGACAGGGAGCGAAGGUCCUCCGAUACAUCCGCUCGGCGAGAUGAUCGCCGAAUCCCGGGUGCACCGACGGGGGAAAGAGAGAGAAAACUCUCCGGUCCAUCAGCAUGGGGAUGUCAUAGCCGAACUCCCAGCGCAUCGUCUGCAGACAGGGGCAGAGGGACUUCAUCAUCGUGGCGAAAUGGAAACUCUUCAUCAACAUGGCGAGAUGAACAACGACCUUCAAACACAUCUGUUGCGGACAGAUGGAGAGGUGCUUCACGCAGCAAGGAAGAGAACGGACGAAAUUAUGGCACAUUGACUGCGGACAGAGGGAGAAGGAGCUCCCUACCGAUCAAAAAUGAAGGAUGGCGGAGUUACGGCACAUCAGUUGUGAACAGAGGGAGGGAGAUUUCUCCACCCACUAGGAGACAGGAACGAGCAACUUAUAGUAUAUCGACUACGGACAGAAGGAGAGGGAUUUCUCCACCAUUCAGGGAAGAGGACAGGUCAGAUCACUACACAUCGAUUGUGGACAGAGGGAGAGGGGGUCCCACCCCCAUGAGAAGAGUGGGGAUUCCAACGCUCAGCACCUCAACUCAGAGUUGCACUCACAAACCGGUCGGCGAUGGUAGAUCUAAACCUUCUCCUUCACAAACCUCCUUCUCCGUUCCCUCGAGAAAAAGGAAGGAACAAAUCCAUCGACAAGUUGAUACCCCAAACGCACCGCCUGCCAAGAUGCGGAGAGUUGAGCUUGGACCAAUUGAUACCCCAACCGCUCCGCCUCCCAAGAUGCGGAAAGUUGAGCUUGAACAUCCAGCACCUGCAAAUGUUCGAAAGGCAGACGCUGCCCCGUUUCUGCCCGCGAUCGACACCGAUAAGUGUGCGAGAAAUUACAUACAGAGGCAAUUGGAUCUCCGGAAGUAUGAGGCUAUUCUCUCAAAUCCUUUCAGUAGCAUCAUCUUUAGGAACUCAGAGGAGACGACGCGGGAAGGGGGACCGUCUCCUCACGUUGUUCCCCCAUCUUCUACUGCGCAGCAACCAACCCAGGGAGUUGCUUCUUCAACCCCGCUGUCUACACAGUCUGCAUGUGAUUCCUUGACGCCAAUGACGUUCUUGAGCACGCGAACGGCAUCCUCAGCUCCUGUAUCCAGGGUGCCCAACUUAGCAGCUACCAAUCAUUUUUCCGUCAAACCUGGGGCAACAUCGUCGACGACGGCUCAGGAUGUUUUUGGCGCGGGAGGAACAUCGCGCCGCAGUUCAGUGAUGCAAGAACUAGGUCCACCUAUUUCCGGUAGCACGAUAUCGGUAGCGCAGCGAACCUCGCACGCGGGUCUUCGCGCAACGUACCUUGCUCAGUCUGGCCUGCCGGGGCCUCCAACCUCAUCUGAUGCCGGACUGGUCUCCAGGCCCAUAAAUUCAAAUCGCGGUGAAGGCUCAUCAGUACAAUCGGGAAACAUGAGCGUAACGCCGUCAACUACGGCCGCAGCUCCGCUAGUUUCCGGCGCAUUUUGGAACUCAUCUGUCCUUGAAGAAGGAUUGGAAGCAACAUGGAAAGUGCUUGGUAGCGACAAACCUCAGCCCGAAAUCCCCAGGGGCUCACGGAGUGGGAUUCUCGCUCCCGGACUUGCUCGACCUGAGACCCGCAAUGAACAGCGGAAUGGGCCGGUUCGUCGCGAAGAUCCUCGGUCCAGAACGUCAAGUGGCUCCUCACGGAGUGGAGCUCUUGACCCUGAGCUCGCCCGGCCCUCUAUAUCCGGUGGCCUACGGAAUGAGGCUAUGGUAGGCCAAGUUCCGCGCCCGAACACUGUUGAUGUCUCACGGAACGAACCAAUCGUUCAUCACGCAGUCCAUCCCAAAGCCCCUAGCGGAGCGCGGAAUACGGCAGUGACUCGCGACAAUGCCCGUCCGCAAGCUUCUAAUAGCUUACGGAAUGCACCUGUCGUCCGUCAGGCUCAUCAUCCAGAAGCUUCCAAUGGUGCACGAAAUCCGCCCGCCGUCCACAAAAAUGGUCGUGCAGCUCCCGCUGGCCCGCGAAAUUUCGCAGCCGUCCCUCAAGUUGCUCGCCCUAAACCUGCCGAUGCGGCGAGGCCUCGGUUGACCGUUUCUAUGGCAGAGUCGACCUCCGGCAAAGCUUACUUGCAGGCGCAUUCAGGGUCUCAUUACAUCUGCCAUACCGUUCAUGAACCACAGCGACCGAUUGCGUCCCCGAAGUCAUUUUCAGUUCCCAUGGUCAUGGAGGCUGUACCCACAACCAACUCGACGGCGCGAAGCGCUCCAUCUCUCCCCAACGAGCGGGCCAAUGCAGGUUCAAAUCCACCUAAUUUGGCGCAUCCGAAACAGCGUGUUACGUUUGCGCCAAACAAGCCUGGACGACAGCGACCUGGAACCUCCGUUCCGUAUAGCUGUCGACCUCAGAAACAAAAAGCUUUGCCUCUGUCACAGGUCCUGGCACACAGCAUACAAGCUGCAGCAACGACUACCGCUUCCGGGCAGCGUCCGACGGCAGGGCCGGAAAAAAUCCACACCAUAGCACCGAGUGCGGAAAAUGUGCACAAAGGUGUAAGCAACCGUUCAGCAAGGCCGUCACGUCCAGGUAUCAUGAGUACGAACAGCGGAUGGAUUGUCAAGGAUGCUUCUCCAGUUGCCACAUCCUCAACUUCUGCGAAGAGUAACGGUCUCGCUUUGGAUAGACUCAGGAAUUAUAGCUCGCCAAGUUCGUCCAGCACGAGCUUCCUGCCUUCGGGCCUCAGAGACAUGUCUCCACCUUCCGACAGUGAAUCGAGUGCGAUGCCACCGGGCGCAAACGGGGCUAGAACUGACCAAGGAUCGACAUCAGUCAAAGAUGUAGGUCGGUCGGAAGGCGCAAUUGCGUCACCGCAGGCUUCAAGCGGGGAUGGGGUUCAGCCUGCAAGAUCUCAGGAGCGCGCCACCUCGCCGAGUAUUGCGCCUGCGGCCAGUAACGAAAGCAUGCAGGUCAAAUCCCGCACCCCCGCACCAAAGCAAGGCAAGCACAAACAACCUCCCCCGGGGCGGAAACCUGUCAAGGGCAAGACUCUCCCGGAUGAACUUGAUGAUGCGGUUCGCGUGGCAGCCCGGCAAAUGGAGGAGGCGUAUGCGCGGCAAGUGCAGGAACGUCUGGCACCCAUACAAGCGGUGCAACUCCAAUGCCAGGAGGAUUUGACGGAUAUUGCGUUGUCAGCAAGAUCCGUUCAGCGAAGGGCGAAUGACUUGCGUCUGCGGUUUUUGGAACUGGAGGAGAAACGGAUCAAAGAAGGAACGCAUCCAGAUCAUGAUGUUCGUGUGAAGGAGCUGGUGGCUGCAAGGGAAGCCAAACUGAAGGUCGCAGCAAACCGACUGCGUCUAUCCAUCAUUAGUUUCCAAACUCAGUUCAAAGCCGCGGAGGACAUUGCGGCUGCUGAUUUCGUGACUCGUCGGCGCACUGUCCGCAGAAAAAUGCUUGUUUACCAAGCUGCUCAGAAGCAGCGCCUCAUAGCGAACCACAACCGGUCACUCGUUCCGAAUCCAGUGCCGACCCUAGCUCUGACACCCAAACAAGUGUAUGAAAAGCGACUGUCACGAACGGUCCAAGCAUGGGAGUCUGCGCCGGAUUGGCUUCAAAAACGUUUGAGCAGCAGUCGGAAGGAGAUCCUGGCUGGCAGGAUGCAUAUACCCGCUUUCCCUCAGGGCUUGGAAGACCACGAAAUCGACCAAGAUCUGAGUUUCAUCAGGAUGCUGACUGCAGGAUCGCAAUCCGAAUCUUCUCCGGGAAGCCAACAUUUUGAACCAUCCACCAGCAGUGAAAUCAUAAAUAUCUCUUCAACACCCGAGCCGAUGGACAUCGACACCCCUUCAUUGCCAUCCGAUGCCAUCAACCGUUGAAUAAUCUGUCCGUUUGGUCCCUCCCGUAUAUUAUAUGGUUGUAGCUUUUUGGUUGAUCCUCUUUUCCUGCUUCUGUACAUACAUUGCCCAUUUUGUUUCCUGACUCGUUCAUCCCUG